UAAGCGUUCGUAUUUCUGUCGUAUGUGAGCGAUAAUAGAAAUUUAUAAAACAUGACGAAAAUACUAUGAAAUAUUUUCUUGUAUAUUUCGUGAAAUGAAUACUGUAGACGAUGGUUUAUUCGUCUAAAUGCACCUUCAACGAAUAGCUCAUAUCGCGGUCAAUCGAUUGGGUUCAUCAAUUGCAGUACAGAAGAUAAAGAUGGAUCAAAAAUUGAUUCGAUUGCCAAAAGUUGGCGAAGAAAAUGGGAUCCAAGGGAUAAUAACGAAGGUGGCUGGUAGCUUAGAGAGGGGUGGAAUUAUUUCAGUCCCCACAGAUACAAUUUAUGGAAUUGCUGCUAUGUCCCAAAACUCUGAGGCUAUCGAGAAGAUCUAUGACAUCAAGCACAGAAAUACCUCUAAUCCUAUUGCAAUAUGUGUGGCUGAUAUAUCAGACAUUAACAAGUGGGCGCAUGUGACAGUAUCAAAGGAAUUGCUAGCAGAUCUUUUGCCAGGCCCAGUCACUCUAGUAUUCCAAAGAACCGUUGAUCUCAACCCUACUCUUAAUCCCAUGACUGACUUAGUCGGAGUACGCAUUCCUGCAAAUGAUUGUUUGCGACGCCUAUGCAGGCAUUUUGGCAGCCCAUUAGCACUGACAAGUGCUAAUAUUAGCAAGUCGACCAGUACAUUAGCAGUAGAGGAAUUCAAGGAAUUGUGGCCGAGGCUGGAUUUUAUUCUAGAUGCAGGACGUCUAAGUGAAACUCAAGAGUCAAGACUAGGUUCAACUGUUGUAAAUCUGUCAACCCAGGGACACUACACUAUCAUCAGAGAAGGCAGUGCAUAUAAGUCAACUGUGGAGAUUUUGAAGAAACACAAACUUAUGGAAACCAUUAGCAGCUAGCACCCUAUAUUGGAAGAUGGAGAUGUUUUAAUCUACAGGGACUAGAAUUAACCAUAUUCCUAAAGAACAGAAAACAUUUUGCGAUAGUUAUCUGACUGCUAUACCUGAGUUGCUAUGACAACUAUGAGAUCUGACUAUCAGAUUGUCUGACUACUAAACCUGAGUUUUAACAUCAAAUGAGCUGAGUUAAGUUGAAAUAUGGAAACAAUGUCUAACAAUUAAUUUAAGGAACGAUGGUGUUUUAGUCGAUUUUAAAUCACAGUUCAUAUUAAAGGAUCUCAGGGUCAUUAAAACCAUUGAAUAUUGGACAUCAAAUACUAAUCUGUAUAACUGCGCAAAUUUCUCCAUGCGUUUUAUAUAUCUUAAUAUCUAAUUUUAUGAAAAAAUGUUACUUAGAGGAAUUUGCUCCAAA